AUGCCACGCAACAUCACUUGUAGAUCAUCGAAAAUUACGGGUAGAGGUAGUAAUAACUGGGAUCCUCUCUUAUUAGUCGAUGAUCAACAACAACAAUCACCAAUAAUAACAACGACGAAUUCAAUGGUUAUGAAUAAUGACAUUGAUAAACGACAAUACACAUGGGAUGAAAUACGUCGUCAUUCAGAUAAAAAAGAUCGAUGGAUUGUUAUUGAUAAACGUGUUUAUGAUGUUACUAAUUGGACGAAACAUCCCGGUGGACAAGUUAUUCUUAACCAUUAUGCAGGACAAGAUGCUAGUGAAGCAUUUUUUGCUUUUCAUUCUAAUCUUGCACAUGUUCAAAAAUAUCUGAAAGCCUUUUAUAUUGGUGAUGUAAUUAGCGAUGACGAUCAAGACAAUACGAAAGAUGAGCAAACAUUAAAACAUGAUUUUGAACAAUUAAGACAAAAGGCUAUCUCUAAAAAACUUUUUCAACCAAGUCGAUUCUUCUUUAUUAUAACUUGUCUACAUAUAUUGGCAUUUGAAUUUGCAGCUUAUUUUAUUCUAUUUCGUUUUGGAACGACUUGGCUACCUUAUUUAAUAGCACUUCUUUUUUAUGUUAUUGCUGGAGCUCAAUGUGGUUGGACUCAACAUGAUUUCGGACAUUUAUCAGUAUUCAAAAAAUCUUCAUGGAAUCAUGUAUUUCAUAAUUUUUUUAUGGGUUUCAUCAAAGGAGCAAGUGCUGAUUGGUGGAAUAAUAUGCAUUUUCAACAUCAUGCAAAACCAAAUAUCAUCGAUAAAGAUCCCGAUACUCGUGUAGAACCAUUAUUUUUAUUAGGAAAUAAUAUUCCAAUACGAAAAGCUCAGAUAAAUGCAAAAUACGGUGCAAAAAUACCUUAUAAUCUUCAACAUUUAUAUUUUUUUAUUGCGGCACCACUUUUAUUUCCUCUCUAUUUUCAAUUUAUGACAAUACGACAUGCUAUUAAACGACGACAAUGGAUAGAUCUUGCUUGGUUGUCUAUAUAUUACAUCAAAUUUUUUUUAUUAAUGCCAUUAAAACUUGGUUUACUCGGAGCAUUGAAAUUUCACUUUUUAAUUCGUGCAUUCGAAGGUACUUGGUUCGUCAUUGUCUCGCAAUCAAAUCAUGUUGUUAUGGAUGUUUCGUAUGAUGAUUUCAAAUUAUCAUGGUUUCAACUUCAAUUAAAAGCAACAUGCAAUAUUAUUAAAUCACCAUUUAAUGAUUGGUUCACAGGUCAUUUAAAUUUUCAAAUUGAACAUCAUUUAUUUCCAAUGAUGCCUCGUCAUAAUCUCUAUAAAAUUCAACCAGACGUAAUGGAAUUAUGUCGAAAAUAUAACAUUCCAUAUAUUGUUAAACCUUUAGGACGAGCUUUUCUUGAUAUUUUGACGUAA